CUGCGCUAUUGUUUCAUGCCAGUGUUACAACUAGAGUUAUCUCAGAUAGUAGAGGAGUGGAACACACAUUUCAUAUCCCAUAGCAGAGUCGCACAAUGUCCUAAUGGCCGUCCAGACAUUUUACACUCGUUAGGGGGCCAAGACUGUUUGCAGCCAUUAAAUGAAGACGAUAUUGCCUUAGCCCUGAAUGAAGUUAAAGUUAGUAGUAUAAGUGGUUCUGUACAGUUUGAUGGACCAGCAAAUCAAAUAUUUGUGAAUAGAGGCAUGUCAGAUGCCAGUGAUUGGACCGAAGCUCUGCAUAAUUAUGUGGAACUGUUGUCAACGCUUCGAAAUAUGUAACAUCUUGUCUAAUGAUUAACUGAACAUUCAUAUCUGUUUAUUACUGUAUAAUGUGUCAUAAUGUGCAUAUUGUAUCAUUGCGUUGCUGUUGUACUGUCAUGUUGUAUUGUUAAUUUUGAAUAAACCUUCUA